CAUCACCACCAGAUAGAAUGUCCAAUGGCACGACCGGUCUCGAGGCCCAGUUUAGCGGUCUCGGCAUAAAAUCAGCCUACGUUCCUCCUCACUUGAGGAGCCAGCAGCGGGCUGCUUCUUCUCCUACCCUUCCCUCUCCAGCAAAUACCGAUGGCGCCAACGGCUGGAACGACUCUCGUUCUUCUACUCCCUCCAGCGGGUAUGGCGGAGGACGUGGCGGCGGCCGAGGAGGCUUCUCCAGCGGCUAUAGUCGCGGCGGAGGAUGGGGUGACCGAGGCUCCGGCGGUGGUCGGUCAGACUACGGAGGCGGAUCUCGUGGCGGAGGCGGCGAAUCCUUCGGGUACGGUUCUUGGAAGGAUGGUAAACAUGUCGUCGGUGGACGUAACGCGCGCAUGGAGAAAGAGCUCUACGGCGAGCCCGACGACCCAUCCAAGCAGCACACCGGCAUCAACUUCGAGAAGUACGAGGACAUCCCAAUCGAAGCCACCGGCGCCGGUGUCCCUGAGCCCGUCAACGAAUUCACAAGCCCGCCCCUCGACCCUGUUCUCCUUGAGAACAUCGCAUACGCGCGCUACACUCGCCCCACACCUGUUCAGAAGUACUCAGUGCCCAUCGUUGCAGCUGGCAGAGACUUGAUGGCUUGUGCUCAGACUGGCUCCGGCAAAACCGGCGGUUUCCUGUUCCCCAUCCUGUCGUCUUCGUUCACCAACGGUCCUCGCGCUCCCCCGGUGGAGGAGUCGAACGGCUACGGCUACGGCCGUGCGCGCAAAGCUUAUCCCACCGCGCUCAUCCUCGCUCCCACCCGCGAGCUGGUUAGCCAGAUCCACGAGGAAGCACGCAAGUUCGCCUACCGUUCGUGGGUACGCCCGGCCGUCGUUUACGGCGGUGCCGACAUCAAUCAGCAGCUCCGCACUAUCGAGCGUGGCUGUGAUUUGCUCAGCGCCACCCCCGGCCGUCUUGUCGAUCUUAUUGAGCGCGGUCGUAUCAGCCUGGCCAACGUCAAGUAUCUUGUCCUUGACGAAGCUGACCGGAUGUUGGACAUGGGUUUCGAGCCUCAGAUCCGCCGUAUCGUGCAAGGCGAGGACAUGCCUGGCGUUCAGGAUCGCCAGACUCUCAUGUUCAGCGCCACUUUCCCACGCGAUAUCCAAAUGCUCGCCCGCGACUUCCUGAAGGACUACAUCUUCCUUUCUGUCGGUCGCGUCGGUUCGACCUCAGAGAACAUCACGCAGAGGAUCGAAUUCGUGGAGGACCACGACAAGCGCUCCAUGCUGCUCGACAUCCUCACGGCGCAGGAAAAGCAGGGCUUGACUCUCGUGUUCGUGGAGACGAAGCGCAUGGCCGACAUGUUGUCGGAUUUCCUAUAUCAGAGCCAGUUCCCUGCAACGUCUAUUCAUGGCGACCGAACCCAGCGUGAGCGUGAGAUGGCUCUCCAGACUUUCCGCACCGGACGUACCCCCAUUCUUGUCGCCACUGCUGUCGCGGCCCGUGGUCUCGACAUUCCCAACGUCACGCAUGUUAUCAACUAUGAUUUGCCCACUGACAUCGACGACUACGUCCACCGCAUCGGUCGUACCGGUCGUGCUGGGAACACCGGUGUCGCAACGGCCUUUUUCAACUACGGCAACAAAAAUAUCGUCAAGGACCUAAUGGAGUUGCUUCGUGAAGCUAACCAGGACAUUCCGCCCUGGCUGGAGACCGUUGCCCGCGAAUCCUCGUUCGGCGGCAGUUCCCGCGGCGGGCGUGGUCGCGGAGGAGGAGGAGGACGUGGCCGCGGCGGAGGCGCUGCCAGGGAUUUCCGCUCCUCGAGCUACGCCGGCGGAAGCCGUGCUGGCGGUUUUGGUGGCGCUCCCCAGUACGGCGGCAGCGGCUACGGAGGCGGGGCUGGAUACGGUAACGGCGGUUACUCCGGCGGCGGAGGCGACCGCGGCUGGUGGUAAACGACCGCGCUCCCUCCAAGUCCACAUGCCCCCCUCCCCUUCUGUCUUCCUAUGCCUUCUCGACAUGCCCUCAUGAUUACGACACCAACCCGCUGCACCGUGCAUUGGCACGACUGCGACACCCCCUUCACCUGUUUUCGACUUAAGUUUCGUCGCGCUGCUCUCUCAUCUGGACACCUCGCACCCGUCUCGCUGCUCUCGCUGCUCAUUGGUGAUCAUACGGCCCUAUUUUAGAUUCGUCUAAUGUGUUUCCAUACCAGGCGUGCAUCGGGAGGAUUGUUUGGUACGCUGCCAUCGCAUUACACUGUUGCAUUUCUCGGACUAGAUUAGACGUCACGGCGGGGCCCCGCAUCACAUUUUGAGCAGAAACGUAUCGUUAUAGCGCUAGUCUUCGCUUACUUUAUUGCGUAGCGUAGUAAGGCGCUUUUAUACCGGCAUAUCGAGACACUUGAUAGAGCAUCGCAUCCAUGUAUCUUUACUGCAAUCUUA